AUGGCUUCUUCCAAUGCUCAGGGCUCUACCUUACCUCCCAAUGCGCCUGUGUUCUACCCAGGCGCGGCCGCCUAUCCGGGAAUCGGUGCAGAGCAGCCUCCGAGGCAUCGCAAGGCGGCAUCGUUGGGUACGGCGUCGAACCCCGGUUUCAACUCGUAUUCCCCCAAUCUCGGCUCCAUGAUGGAAGACAUAGAGGAUGGACAGGUUCACUACCCGUCUGAGGAGGGGGAGAUCCAGGAGAGCGUCUAUCAGUCCGGCCAUCCUCGUCGUUCACUGUCACAGAGCUUUACCGCUCCCCGCUUUGCUGCACUCGCCGCACAGCAGGAUCAAGGCGAUAUGAUGGGGUCUUCUGGCCGCCCUCAGCUUGCACCUAACUUUUUGUUUGGUGCUCGGCGUCGUCCCAGUCAAGGCGUGAACACCACCAUGGGACCUCCGAUCAAUGAAGAAGAUGUUGGUUUCCAGUUCCCGCAGCAAUCACAACAGAAUUACAACGUCGACUUCUCCGCGGACGUCCACCAGAGGAAGAAUGAGAGCGGAUCUGAAAUAUCCGGCAUUAUGGCGGAACAGAUUGCCAUACAGAAUCAGAUCGAGGCGCUGCAACAGCAACAGGCAGCGCUCUAUCAACAUCAGCUUGCCUCCAAUCAGGUGCUGUCGUUCCAAACGCCGGGUCUUGCUCCUGGACGUCCCAACGUGCAUCGUCGCGUCCACAGCACCGUUAGCAUGGGGAUGGGUAUGAAUCCGUUCAACGGUCCUCAAGCAGCCAUGGGCCAAUUCGGUAGUCUCGGUAGUCUCGGCAUGGGCUUGGACGGCCAGCCUUCGGGUGUCCCACGCGGACACGGUAGGCGCCACAGUGUCAACGUUCUCAACAAGUCCGGCAGUCAACCUGGGCUUGGAGCCUUGGGGUUUUCGCAGAGUGCCGACGGCUUCGACGAUGGAUUCACCCCGCCCGCCAACGUCACUGGUGGCCACUCUCGUUCUGAUUCUAGCUGGCGCAUCAAUGGUGGAGUUGGCAGCAUACAAUCGGGCAAUAACUUCGCUGCCGACCUUGCUCAAGCUCAAGCUCAGCUGAACAGCCUUCAGCAAUUCAGAGCUGCUGCGGGUGGCCACCACCAGAAGAUGGCUUCCUUCAGCUUCCCUAACAUGCUCCCUAACAUGAUGGCGGCCAACAUGAUGGGUCUGGGUCUUGGCGGUAUUAAUUUGCUUCAGCAGCAGCAACAGCAAUUCCAGUCACAACUCCAGCAGCAGUCUAAUCAACCUCAGCGCAAGUCGCUGUUCGCUCCUUACCUACCGCAAGCCUCUUUGCCACCGCUCCUUGCUGCCGGCAAGCUUGUCGUCGGUAUCCUACGCGUCAACAAACGUAAUCGGUCCGAUGCAUACGUCGCGACAGAAGUUCUCGAUGCCGAUAUCUACAUCUGCGGUUCGAAGGACCGCAACCGGGCUCUGGAAGGUGAUAUCGUCGCUGUCGAGCUUCUGGAUGUCGACGAAGUAUGGGGAACCAAGAAGGAGAAGGAAGAGAAAAAGAGAAAGAAGGAGGAGAACUCAGCAUACGAUGUCAAGGGCGCUGCGGGCAGGAAGAAUGACAAGAAGAAAGAUGAUGUAGAGGUGGAAGGCCAAGGGUUGAUGUUGUUCGAGGAUGAGGAAGUCACGGACGAGAUCAAGCCUCAAUUUGCAGGACAUGUCGUCGCGGUUGUCGAACGCAUGCCUGGUCAAUUGUUCUCUGGCACUCUCGGUCUCUUGCGUCCGUCUUCUGCUGCUACAAAGGAAAAGCAGGAGGCUGAGCGACGUGAAAGAGAAGGUGACCGUGGCGAUGAACCCAGGCGUCCUAUUGAGCGCCCGAAGAUCGUCUGGUUCAAGCCUACGGACAAACGAGUCCCUCUCAUUGCUAUUCCUACUGAGCAGGCACCGCCAGACUUCGUGCAAAAUUCAGAAGCUUAUGCGAACAAACUAUUUGUCGCUUGUAUCAAGCGCCACCCUAUCAGCUCGCUCCAUCCAUUCGGCACGUUGGUUGAAGAGCUCGGCCCCAUUGGGGACAUCGAAGUAGAGACAAGUGCUCUGUUGAAGGACUGCAACUUCCCUACGGAAGAUUUCAGUGAGAAUGUGAUGAAGUGCCUCCCCCCCAUCCCAUGGAGUGCACCGGAUCGAGAGUUAGAGAUCCGAAAAGAUUUGCGCGAUGAAAGGAUUUUCACCAUUGACCCCGAUAAAAGCAGGGAUCUGGAUGACGCUCUGUCUGCGAAGGUGAACGACGAUGGCACGUACGACAUCGGCGUUCAUGUCGCGGAUGUGUCGUACUUCGUCAAACCGAACACAGCUCUGGACCGCGACGCUCGUAAGCGAGCUACGAGUGUCUAUCUCGUUCAACGUGCUGUGCCCAUGCUGCCACCUGCACUUAACGAGCAGUUGUGCAGUCUCGUCCCAGGGCAGGAACGUUUGGCCUUCUCGGUGAUCUUCACUGUCAAUAAGGACGCGAGGGUCGUGAAGAAGUGGUUUGGCAAGACGGUCAUCAAGUCGGCCGCCAAAUUGAGCUAUCAGGAUGCGCAAGCCAUGAUUGAUGGCCAAUCAGUUGAUAUUAAAACUGAGUCCGAACAUAGUAUCAGAGAUAUCGCGCAAGACAUCCAAAUUCUUCAUGAUAUCGCCAAGCAGCUGCGUACGCGUCGUUAUCAGAGUAGCUGCAUCAGGACGGAGUCCCUCAGGCUGUCGUUCAAGCUUGACGACAAUGGUAUGCCCGUUGAUUGCUGGCAGUAUGAACGCCACGAGGCGCAUCACUUGGUGGAGGAGUUCAUGUUGCUCACUAACAUUGCGGUCGCACAGCAAGUCGCUGUGCAUUUCUCUGAACAAGCAUUGCUUCGUCGUCAUGACCCUCCCAUUGACCGCCGCAUUGCCGCCUUCGCCGAACGCGCCGAACGGAUGGGUUACAAUAUAGAUACAUCCUCCUCGGCAUCGUUGUUCAAGUCUCUUGAGGCGGUAAAUGACCCUGUAGCUCGCAGUAUCCUGGAACUGUUCCUGCGCAAAGCCUCCUCGGCGGCCAAAUACUUUUGCGCGGGCAUGCUCGACAUCGCCAAGUAUGGUCACUGGGCGCUCAAUGUUCCGUUGUACACACAUUUCACAUCUCCAAUUCGACGCUAUGCGGAUAUUCUCGUCCACCGUCAACUCGAUUCUAUUCUGCAGGGUGGAUCUGAGCCAAAGUUCACCAUGGAUCGGGAUGCUGUUGCUAAAGUCGCUCAGCAGUGCAACAUCAAGAGAGAUUCUGCGAAGUUGGCGCAAGAGCAGUCCACUCACCUUUACCUGUGCAUUCUCAUCUCCGAUUUGACGCAACGCUUUGGACCUGUCAUCCGUGAAGCCAAGGUCGUGGGCGUGCUAGAUGCUGCAUUCGACGUUCUCAUCCCGGAGUUCGGCAUCGAAAAGCGGGUGCAUGUCGACCAGAUGCCCAUUGACAAUCAUGUCUACGACGAACACACUCAUACUCUGCAGAUUUACUGGUCUAACCGUGAUGUGAUCACCUGGCUCGCGGAGAAUAGUGAUGACGAGCACCUGAAGAAGGUCAAGCAGAACGCUGAGCAGCACGCUGUCAAGAUGGAGGUUGUGUCGCGCUCUGUGCAUGAUGAAAAGGCUUUGUUCGACGAGGACGACACCGAAGAGGAUGAGAUUGUGCUUGGACGCGCAGAUCGUGAGCAGGAGGAGGAAGAAAUCUCCAAACAGAGACUACUCUCGAAGUCCAAGGUUGCUCCCUCGUUCGAGGGUCUCAGGACUACGCCUUCCGGCCACAAGAUCCAGGAAAUCCGCGAGCUCGAGACCGUUCCUGUCAUUGUCACCGCCGACCUCACGAAGAGCCCACCUGUCAUCAAGGUCUACAGCGUCAACCCGUACGCUCAGCGGAAAUAA